UCUGUCCCCACACCAACACCGCCUGUCACAUUAGUAUUGCAGCCGGUUUAGAAAUCAAAUGUGAUACUCACAUAUUAAAAAGUAACUCCAAGGUAUUGUUUCUAAUUUCUCCUAGCAAAGAAUAUUCAGUAUUAAAACUGUCUUGCCCAGCGGGGUACUCAAUUUCCCAUCACACCCUUCCUCACAAAAUCCCGUGAGGAAAUGCUUUUUAGGGAACAAAUCCCUGUCUUAAACAGAGAGCUGUGUCGAAUAGGCAGAAGAGUAGCAUUUCAAAAGCUUUUCUCAGGCGCGUCACGUCCUUUCAUUUUACUCUCUUGCUUGUGCUCACAUCCGUGGGCAGUCUCACCCCGGCAGAACCCGUUGCCCUCCCACACACACUAGGCGCGCAGGCGCACAGCCUCAGCCCACCCUCUCCCUCCGGCCCCGCCCCUCUAGGCCUUCCCCUAAGCCAACACUCCCCCCUGCCGCCCAGAGCUCGCGGUUGUGGGGCGGGGAGAUGGGUGUUUGCGUGCGUCUUGGAAAACCGGCUUUCCGCACUGGCAGAUUAAGUCUGAUGACGUAGUCAAGCUCCAAUCCGUGUUCUGGGGGCGGGACUAAAGUACGGAGACGCAGGGCAGAAGGAGACCGCCCGGUGGAAGCACGUGACCUGGGUCUGGAGCCGGAAGCUACCUAUCUGGUCUGGUGUUUCCCCAGCACCUAAGGCUGAGAUGACUUCUGCACUGACCCAGGGGCUGGAGCGCAUCCCAGAUCAACUUGGUUACCUGGUGCUGAGUGAAGGCGCAGUGCUGGCGUCAUCUGGGGAUCUCGAGAAUGACGAGCAAGCGGCCAGUGCCAUCUCUGAGCUGGUCAGCACGGCCUGCGGUUUCCGGCUGCACCAUGGCAUGAACAUACCCUUCAAGCGCCUGUCAGUGGUCUUUGGAGAACACACGCUGCUGGUGACUGUGUCAGGACAGAGGGUAUUUGUGGUGAAGAGACAGAACCGAGGCCGGGAGCCCAUUGAUGUCUGAACCUGCCAAGGGCGAGGGGCAGAAGUGUACUGGGUCCAUGAGCCUCUGCGAUGAGGAAGAUGCAAACUCCUUCCACCUUUUUCUUGGCCUGCUGCUAGAACUAAGGCUUUCUGCUCACCCACUGCCCCACCGUUACCUGGAAGGGCAGAAGCUUGGGGACUCUGUGCUGUGUUCAGAAUAGUGAGGACAAGGGGACCACCCUCUUCCCUCCUUUUCUCCCUCCUAAUAAACAUGAAUCUGAUAUUCUCAGGGCCA